AUGAAGUGGCACCUAAGUUUGCUCUCCCUUUCGUGCUUCUUACUACCUGCCUAUGCCCACAAGAAAUACAACUUUAACCAAAAUUGGAGGUCUAUAGGAGAUAAAGUAUUUUCCGAGUUUGAAGGCAUUCGUCACGCCGGCGAGUUUUAUCUCAACGACAAAUGGAUUGGUCGAACUGCACGCAUCGACAAUGAUUGGGCGUAUCGUGAAAUCGAAACAAUUACCCCUUAUCAGUGGAAUGACAGAAACUUCUAUGCCAACUAUGGAGGGAUCAACAAGAAUGUCUUUUUUGCAAGUCACCGACAAAAUGUAUCAGACCCUUCCGCUGUAUUCGAACCUGAAUACCACUGGGGUUACGUUCAUGCGCAGGAUAUUGACAUAGCAGACAAGUCCGCUACUGUCACAGCGGAGGCCGAGGUGCAGAAUGAGUACAAAACACCAAAGACUUUCAGCUUUCGGGUUGAAAUCGACAACUUGGAAGGCAAACGCAUUGCUCUUAUUUAAGGGGACUCUUAUACCCUUAAAGCAAAUGAAACCAAGGUCAUCCAUGCCUCAGCCGGUCUCCGAGAUCUUGAGUUCUGGAGCUGGGGUUACGGUUAUCUAUAGAGAGUUCAUACCUCCCUUAUUUCGGAUGGUAAGACCAUUUGACACAGUAACCACGCUCACAGGCUUUCGCAAGACCGAGUUCAAAAAUAGCAUGUUUAAGCUUAACGACCGUGCGUUGCAUCUCAAGGGCUACGCACAGCGAAGC